AUGCCGGAGAACGACAAGCGCGGUGCUCGUCCACUUGCUACCGGCUCAUCUCCACAGAAGCAGAAGCAGAAGACUAACAAUGACAAAGAUAUGAAAGCUACAAAGGAUGGGGAAGAGGAGAUUGUAGUCGCCUCGGGCCCUCCCCAGUGGUUUAAAGACUUCGAGGAGAGGCUGUCCCUCCAGCUCACCACCAUCACUCCGGACAUCGCGGAUGUGAAGAAGAGCAUCAAUAAGGCGAAGGACGAGGCGCGCCUAGCUAUGGAGACAGCUAAGGGUGCGGAAGAUCGCGUCGAAGACGUGGAGAUCGAGAUCGAUAAAUUGAAACUCACGCUGCAGGAUUGCAUCACUGAACAAAGCUUCCAGGAUGAGUACAAGGGUAUCGUUGCGGAGGAGGUUGAGUACGUGUAUACAUUCCUUGAUCCUUCCAAGGUCGGGGUCAUAACGUUCAAGAGAGAAACGAUGAAGAAUGGCUUUCUCAAGAACAUGCGCACGCGGAAGGUGCAGUGGACGUGCAAAGAGAAUAUGUGGUUCACGAACAACAACACGUACGAGAAGCGAGUGAUCGACAAAACCCUUGGCCAGGUGAAGCAUUUAUUGAUGAACAAAGGCUACGACCAGAAGCUCAUCCGGAUCGACUGGAACAAGGAGGUCGUCAAAUUCAAGGGGAAUGUCAUUGUUGAAGUAAAAGAGGAAGGCCACCUUACAACAUAUUCUGAAGGUAACUUGGUAAAAGAAGAGGUCGACUCUUUCAUGCAGAAGUGGAAGAACGACCA